AUGUUAUCUCACUUUAAAAAUCUUAAAUAUUUUUUUGGAAUCAUAAUUGACAUCAUUCAUGCUAUUAUACAAGCUGUGAGUCAUUAUAUUUUUUCAACAACAGAAAAAAAUGUUCGAAAUGAAAUCGUACUUAUAACAGGAUCUGGAAGAGGUUUAGGUCAGCAAAUGGCGCUUCUGCUCGCUAAACGAGGUGCAAUUGUUGUAUUAUGUGAUAUAGAUAAAGCUGCGAAUGAACAAACAGCUCAGUUGAUAGAAAAAGAAUUAGCAUUAACAACUCAUCAUGACAAUCGUGUAUUCGCAUAUGAAUGUGAUAUUGGAAACCGAGAUGAAGUUUAUCGUCUUGUAGAAAAAGUUCAGAAUGAAGUUGGUGAAAUCACGAUGUUAAUCAAUAAUGCGGCUAUUUUAUCAUCAAAAUCCAUUACAGAUAUGACUGAGGAAGAAUUUUCAAGAUGUUUAAAUGUCAACCUAUUCGCAGCAUAUUGGUUAAUUCGUCAAAUUCUUCCAUCGAUGAAAAAACGUAAUCAUGGACAUAUAGUAACAAUGCUUGGUACAACCGCUGUAUUUGGGCUGGGAAAUUUUGCUGAUAUAUGUACAUCUAAAUUUGGUCUUGUUGGUCUUAUGGAAAGUGUUGAUCAUGAAUUAACUUUAGGAGGUUUUGAUGGUAUAUAUACCACUGCAGCUGUAUCGCAUUAUGUCACGACAGGUUUAUACCAGUUGGCGAAAACAUUGUUUAAUCCAUUGGUGCCACCGCUUACAAUUGAUUAUGCAGCAAAGAAAAUUAUUCAUGGAAUCUUGAUCAAUAGAAAAUUGGUUUGUGUACCACGCUUUUAUUAUCUAGUACCAUUGGUGAAAGGUAUAUUGCCGUCUCGUGCUUUUCUCAUUCUUCUUAAUACAUUUAUUAAUCCAAAAAUAUCGGUUUAUGUUAGAAGAGGAUCAUAUGAUAAAUCAAGUAGAAGUAAUUCGUUAUCACCACCAGUUCAUGGUGGUCCAUUGAUUGGUAAUCAUUAUUAUAUUCCACGAAAACGUAAUCAUGUUAGUGCAUGUGAAUGA